UAAAGAAAGAGAAAAUAAACACGUAUAUAUAUCAUAUCCCACCCGCAACGCAAUUCGCAGAAAACACAUUUCUUUUUUCCAAUUCGAAUCCAACCCUCUCUCUCUCUCUCUCUCUCUCCGUGGCUUGGCUACACAAUAUCUGAUCGAAUCGGAGGGUCGAGAACAGAGCAGAAUGGAUCUAGAGGUGGUUGGGCGCCACGCGCUGCUCUUCGACGACGACGCCACCGCCGCCUUUAUCAACACCAGCGACGCCCUCGUCGAGUGGAACUCGCUCUCCAUCGACCGCUACGACGUGCGCCACCUCCUCUCCAGUCCUCCGCCGCCGCGUAAGCUCCGCCGUCACCACCGCUCCGAAGAUCCUUCGCUCGACUCCGAGCUCGAUCGCGAGCGUUACCUCGAUUUACCGUCGCCGUCCGAUGAAGAUCAAGAACAAGAUUUACAAGAUGGUACCAAACCAGUAGUUGCUGGCGGCUAUAGUGCUGUUGCCUUUUCAUAUGGGAACACUGAUGAAGCAAUCGAGCAAAAGAAUAAUGAUGCUGAGUCUGGUUUUCGUCCACCCUUCCAAGUACCGGAGAGCUUACUUCAAAACCUACCACCAACAGAGAAGGUUCAUCAGAUCAUUGCAAGAACUGCUAUGUUUGUUAGCAAACAUGGUGGUCAGUCAGAAAUUGUUUUGAGGGUCAAACAGGGGGACAACCCUACAUUUGGGUUCUUGAUGCCAGAUCAUCAUCUCCAUGCCUACUUUCGGUUUCUUGUUGAUCACCAAGAACUUCUCAAGCCUGACAGUGGUGACAAAUCUCUAGUAGAAAAGAAUAACGCUGGUCUCGAUCAGGCUGGUAGUGCUUUGUCUAUCCUUGGUUCUGUAUAUGGGUCUGGAGAGGAUGAGGAUGGUGCAACUGAGGAAAUUCCCGAAUAUAAAAGAAAUGAUUUAGAGGAAGCCGUCAAUGCUGGUAAUGUUACUGUUUCUCAUGGAUCAGUGCAGGCAGUCUCUUCUGUAAAUGUAGCUGGGAAAGAUGUGGCGAUUGCCAAGGGUUCAGUUAUGAGUUUGAAAGAAAAAGCUCCUAUAAUAAAACGGAAUCGUUCCAUCAGUACAGUUAUGGUUGGAACUAGAAGUGGGGUCAGAAAAGAAGCUGAUGCCUUGGGCUCACUUUGCACUGCUGGGGACAAAUCACAGGCUUCUUUGCUUAGCACGCCCAAGGUUGAACAACCCAUUGUGGAGCCUCCAUCUGAUUUAAAGAGAGUAGUUGACAAGAUAGUCGAGUUCAUCCUGAAAAAUGGUAAACAAUUUGAAGCUGUUCUUGUGGAACAGGAUCAAAAACAUGGAAGAUUUCCGUUCCUUCUGUCAUCCAAUCAAUAUCACCCUUAUUAUUUAAAAGCUCUUGAGAAAGCUAAAGAGUUGAAAUUACCUGGCAAGGGCUCUGAUUCAAUGGGGCAUCAGGUGGAGAAGAAAACUGCUGUACCAAAAGAAGGUGAUACUCUGUCCAGAGGAUCUGCUGAUCUUGAUAUACCAUAUAGUUAUGACAGGAAAGAGAAGUUUAAGAUGUUUUUUGGCAAAUCAAAGAAGGAUGGGCAGGAUCCUCCUUCCAAAGCCACUGAGCCACAAAUUGGAAUAAGUAUGGAUGCAGCUUCUGCUGCUGCAAUUCUCCAGGCUGCCACAAGGGGCAUUAAGAAUCCUAGUUUAGAAAAUUUUCCUAUGACAUCAUUAAAUGGUAUUGGUCGAGGCCCUAGCAGUGAUGGUGGACACACCUCAAGCUUUGGGAGUCUCCGUUCAUCUCAACACCAAAGUUCCAUUUCAAAGCCAGAUCAAAAGGGGGAGCCUAGUGUUUCUGUCCCUGUUGCCAAGGCUAUUGCAGAGACAGCUGCUAUUGCAGCUGCAAGUGAGGCUGACUCCUCUGAAGCAUGCCUGACAAGAGAGCAGAAGCUGAAGGCUGAGAGAUUGAAACGGGCAAAGAUGUUUGCAGUCAUGAUAAAAAGUGGAGCUGCACCAUUGAAAACGGAACCAUUGCGUGGCUUAUCAGCAGAACCAUUAGGGUCUGGAAUUUCUGGAUCAGGUACUGAGGUUGAAAAUUUUGUGGGCAAAGAAAGAGAAGGCAGUUCAGUUCCAAUCGAUGUGGAUGAUAAGAUUGAGAAGUCUGAAAAGAAAAUUUCUGUUGAUGAAUAUAAUGAACGGCGAUCUAAGAGGAGUUACCGUUCUAGAUCUAAAAGACAUGAAGAACAAGAAGAAGGGGAAGUUGAGGAAGACAAAGAAGAGGAAAUAGAGGAGGAACAAGAAGGGGAAGAUAAAAGGGCUCACAAGCACACUCGGAAAAAGCACCGGUCUCAUCGGUCUUCAUACCACAGUAGGGAAAGGCAUAAGCACCGGAAAAGACAUUCUUCUAAGGACAAAGAUUCUCGACAUCGGCGUAAGUAUGAUGACUCUUCUGAUGAUGAGCAUCAGUACUCUCGACAUCGGGAUGAGCAUGAUACUCCCUCCAAUAAUGAGCAUCGGCGUUCUCAACAUCGUCGACAUCGGGAUGAGCGUGACUCUUCUGAUGAUGAGCAUCAGCACUCUCGACAUCGGGAUGAGGAUGAUACUCUCUCCAAUAAUGAGCAUCAGCGUUCCCAACAUCGACGUAAACAUGAUAGUUCCUCUGAUGAUCAACAUCAGCACUCUCGACGACGUAAGCAUCAUAGCUCUGAUGAUGAGCAUGAACACCGAAGCAGAUCUGUUAGGCAUAGGAAAUCUCAGUCUGACAAAGAAAUGGACUUGGAAGAAGGAGAGAUUGUUACAAAAUCAGAUCAAUCAAAAGCUAGUCAGGGUGAUGUUGCUAGUCGGGAAGCUUCUGUUGAAUUAUCAAAAUCAUAUCAAGAUGGAGGGGCCCCAUCUCAGCCCUCUGAAACCACCGAGAUUUCUGAUGAUCUUAGAGCUAAAAUUCGAGCCAUGUUAAUGGCAACCUUGUAAGUAGCAUCACACAUUAUAAUUUUCUUGUUUUGUAAUGGUAAAAGUUUUAAUCAUUACCCUAAUUUUAAUGAGCCAAGAGUUCUUAUAUAUUCUUGUUCCUUGUGAGUCAUGGUUCUUAGUAAAAUCUGUUGUGAAUUUGAAUAUCUUGUGAUGUUAGCUUUAUUGUAUACUAAUUAAUCUAAUUAAGUUGUUCGUGGUA